CGUACCGUUUGUUUGGCAACACCGAGUAGGUUGUGUUGUAUAGUUCCUGUUAUGACCACUGAUUUGUUGACCAAUUUUUGUUCACCUUUCCCUUUAAUAACAACAGAUCAUUAAAUAGAAGAGAAAUAGAAAUGAUAACAUGAAUUAUUGCAAAAUUCACAUUAAACAUGAACCAAUUCGGUAAUUGAAAGUAAUCAAUAUUAGCAUACAAUUGGGAAUUAGAACCGCAUUGCAGAUUAUCAACCUCCCACAUUGAGUAGAACCCAGUCACCAUGUCAAGUGCUUUAGAAAUGGACAAUCUGGAGGAUGCUAAGAAACUUGUAAGAGAUCUGAGACAAAAAACUAGAGCACAAGCUCAGCAGAUUAUGGCUUGGAGAAAGGCUUACAAAAUGCAGGAAAUCAUGAUAUCCCGCAUCGAACGCGAAAAAAGUGAUCAACUGAAAGCCCUUAGUUCAAAGCUCCUCCUUUUUGAGUCAAGACUGAUUCGGAAACAAAAAGACAUAUCAACGAUGUUGAAUAUCAGAGAAACCAUCAUCCAGCGACAGCAGAAAAUAAUCGAAACAUUGUCAAAUCGACUUCAAGACAAUGGCCUAGAAAUUCCGAUGCAGGCAGAAAUCACUGAACUGGAAUUUGCUUUUCCCGAUUUAGACUCAUUGAACGAUUCAGACAGCGCAGUGGUUAUGGAAGAUCUCGAUUGUGAAAAUACCUACCAAGUACCCAAGUUCAGAAAUAUGGAUGGUGUUACUGUAAUGAGAUCCAUUUCUGAUGCAAUAGAUCCAAACCUCAAAUAUUCGUCGGUACGGCGGAACAACGGAUUUUUGCGUCGUCCAGAAGUAUUGGAAACAGUGUACAGCGUCGAAGAGGAUGCUGAUAAUGAUCAAGAAAACAAAAGUGAUGCCAUUAAACGAAGAGAAUCAUUCGCAAGUCGAGGAAAGUCCAAUUGCAAUACAGAAAGCCAAGUUAUACGUGACAGAUCAUUAGAAGAGAAUGUAAUCGUUAAUAUUAAGAGUAAUUCGUUAGAUGAAACUAUGUCCGACAAUCCAUCUUGGUCUUAUAAUAACGAAAAACCGACUGAAGGAACUGAAGAUAAUUCAAAAAAUCAGGUGAAAAAGUACAAUCGUGUGAUGUCCAAUCACAGAUCGGUUACCAAACCGAAAGAUGUUAAGUACAAACGCAUAAAUAAAGCAAAAUCCAAAAGUUUGGAGGAACUGCGAGGGAAGCUGAAAAAUUGGGUCGAACAAGGAACGAAAAUAUCCAGUUUUUCUCUGGAGCACAGCCAGAGUUAUGCCUAACGUUCACAUGUUCUCUCUUUCGCUAUGCUUUGUACGUAAUUGUUUAUUUUCAUAUAAGGUGCGUCUUUAUUCAACACAAUGAUAGCUCUUUAUACGAGACUAGUAGGCAAUAAACAACGUGUACCUUAAAAUCUAGAUUCUGUGAUCAUUUUUAUUUUAUGCCCUGAUAGUAAUUCGUCGUUACAUAUAGAUACGAACCGAUCUUAGAGAAGACAUAAAUAUUUUCACAUAACAAUAUUUUCAUAUAACAAAAUUUUGGUGUAUUCAAAUCUUUACUGCUCUCAUUUGCAUAAUAAUAUGAGCAUUGAAAUUUACAAAUAAGUGAAUAUGUACUUCAGUUAGUUAGUUACAUUUGCUUUUGCUAAAUUACUCAAUGCAUAUAUUUUAGUAACACCAUCUUGGUAUUUCGUUUUGCCAAAGGACACCGCACACAUGGAAAAUUUAAUGUCACUCAAAUACAAUAACAUUUACAUGAUUAGAUUCGUUUUGAAAUUACAGUCAUUUCGUAUCAUUGUAUCAAGCCUGAAUUUUUGAUUAAUAACGGCGUAAAUUGUAAUUAAAACUUAUGGAAAUCACAUUUUUGAAGUCCAUUAAACCGUCUUAGGGUCGAUUCUCACUAUACCUCCCGUUUACUUUCCAUACCCAUGGCAUUCCGUUUCCAUAAAAUAUUAUUAAAUACAAAUCAUAUAGUAUAUGCCCACUUUCCAUUACGUUUACCUACCAUUCCCGAAGCUUUGCGUUCAAUAUCGGCCACGUAUUUUUCGGCGACGUCUCGGAUACCCUAUGGAUAAUGUGAAUAUUGCUAUUACCUCGCGGUUCAGUCACGCAUUUUUUUCUACGACAAGGUGUGACUUGUCGGGUAGAGUAUGGAUUGGGGGAAAACAUAGCGGUUAUGGAUAGGGGGAAUACAUGUUGAGAAAAAUGUGGACAAUAAAAAAUUUAUAGAAUUUGUCUGACAUGACUUUUUAAUUUUGAAAAUAAAAAAUACAGUGAUAAUACAUUUAAAGACGGCAAUAUUUUCGCCGGCUGUUGCCAAAGAAUUAAAAUAUUUUCUUCAUCCAAUAUCUUGUUAAGCAAUUCCGCUGGUUCAUCGGCGGAUUGAUAACCUCUACGGAAUAUUGCCACUCCAUCUUUUGCUUGUUCGGCCGAUACUUCUAUCGAUUGGUGAUUUAUUUCUUGCUAUUUUGACCACACGUGUCUCUCUAUUCUGCUAUGUGGUUGUUCCAUUCUUUUUUCUUCUAUUUAGUGUCCAUCCGUUUAUACAUCCUGGGAUAUAUAGUCCUGAACAUUUCAAGGACUACCUUCUUCGCUUUCCGGUGACACAAUUAUAAUAUGUCUGCUUGUUCCAACUGCGUCGCUUCACUAGAAACAAAGUUAGAGAACUAUAGGUUCUUCCAAGUUGUGCGUUACCUUUUUCGCUUUCUGGUGACACAAUAAUUAUAAUAUAUCUGCUUGUUCCAACUCCAUUGCUUCACCAGAAACGAAGUUAGAAAACUAGAGGUUCUUCCAAGUUGUGCGUUACCUUUUUUGCUUCCCGGUGACACAAUUAUAAUAUAUCUGCUUGUUCCAACUCCGUUGCUUCACCAGAAGCGAAGUUAGAAAACUAUAGGCUCUUGUAAGUUGUGUGUUACCUUUUUUACUUUCCAGUGACACAAUUACAAUAUAUCUGCUUGUUUAAACUGCGUUGCUUCACCAGAAACGAAGUUAGAAAACUAUAGCUUUUUCCAAGUUGUGCGUUACCUUUUUCGCUUUCCGGUGACUCAAUUAUAAUAAAUUUGCUUGUUCCAACUCCGUUGCUUCACCACAAGUGAAGUUAGAAAACUAUAGGCUCUUCCAAGUUGUGCGUUACCUUCUUCUUUUUCCGGUGACCCAAUUAUAAUAUAUUUGCUUGUUCCAACUCCGUUGAUUCACCACAAGCGAAGUUAGAAAACUAUAGGCUCUUCCAAGUUGUGCGUUACCUUUUUCUCUUUCCGGUGACACAAUUAUAAUAUAUCUGCUUGUUCAAACUCCGUUGCUUCACCACAAGCGAAGUUAGAAAACUAUAGGCUCCUCCAAGUUGUGCGUUACCUUUUUCGCUUUCUGGUGACCCAAUUAUAAUAUAUCUGCUUGUUACAACUGCGUUGCUUCACCAGAAACGAAGAUAGAAAUCUAUAGGUUCUUCUAAGUUGUGCGUUACCUUUUUCUCUUUCCGGUGAGACAAUUAUAAUAUAUCUGCUUGUUCAAACUCCGUUGCUUCACCACAAGCGAAGUUAGAAAACUAUAGGCUCCUCCAAGUUGUGCGUUACCUUUUUCGCUUUUUGGUGACCCAAUUAUUAUAAUAUAUCUGCUUGUUCCAACUCCGUUGCUUCACCACAAGCGAAGUUAGAAAACUAUAGGCUCCUCCAAGUUGUGCGUUACCUUUUUCGCUUUCUGGUGACCCAAUUAUAAUAUAUCUGCCUGUUCCAACUCCGUUGCUUCACCACAAGAAAACUAUAGGCUCCUGCAAGUUGUGCGUUACCUUUUUCUCCUUCUGGUGACCCAAUUAUAAUAGGUCUGUUCGUACAGGAAUCAGAAACUAUCAGUGACUAUCAGCAACUGCACGACGCAUGCGUGUUUCAAUAUUAGCGUUCGCACAAUUGAAACACGCAUGCGUCGUGCAGUUGCUGAUAGUGAUUCCUGUACGAACAGACCUAAUAUAUCUGCUUGUUACAACUGCGUUGCUUCACCAGAAACGAAGAUAGAAAUCUAUAGGUUCUUCCAAGUUGUGCGUUACCUUUUUCGCUUUCCGGUGACACAAUUAUAAUAUAUUUUCUGCUCGUUCCAACUGCGUUGCUUCACCAGAAACAAAGUUAAAUUUUUAAUUUAUGAAUGUUUUUUAUAUUGAUAACGAUUUCCGAAGUGAAAGUCGAAACGUCAAGUAAACUUGAUUUCAAAUUCGAAUUGUGGCUUAUGCCCAAAUAAAAUAGUAAAUCUUAUUUUGUAUUUCUCACGCCGCGGCGCGCCGGUAAGAAGACAAAUAUGAAAUAACCUUUUUUUACAUUGGUCCGCAUGUAUAUUUUACAUUUCUAUUAUUACAUUUUCUUCAGACCACAUAUUUCAUCAAGCCGGAAAAAACACGUGUAUUCGAAUCCCAAAUUUAGGGUAAAAUGUUACCAAACCGGUACAAAAUGUGUGGAAUAUUAAAUGGGGAAAGUAAACGCGACGUCUAGUGAGAAUGGUGGUUAAAUUAAUGGAAGGUGUAUGGAACGGGUAUGGGAAGUAAACGGAACGUAUAGUGAGAAUAUAAUUUUAAUGGGAGGUGUAUGGAAUGGCUAUGGAAAGUAAACGGGAGAUAUAGUGAGAAUCGACCCUUAUUCAUAAAUAAUAUUAUUCUAAAAUAUUUAUGAAAACCACUUAACCCAGCGUGAGGCUGACCGUCAUUAUGCGGUGCGUAACUGCAAGUGCAUUGUCAUUUACUGUCUGUAUGAUUAGAUACCUUAAUACCUACAGAAAGAUUUAUGAAGUGUAUUUUUGCAAAAUCUCUUUUCCUUCUAUCUUUUGUGCAUACGCAUUUGAUUUCAGAUUUAUUUAUAUCAAUUUACUCCGUUAUCUAAAUUUUUAGUUGGCGCUGGCGCAAUGAUUUGAAAUGAUUGUAGUUUCGAGACGAAUCUAUUCAUGUAAAUUUGAUUGUAUUUGAGUGACAUUACAUUUUCGAUAAGAUGUGUGCGGUGUCCUUUAAAUACAGCUAUGACAAUCGUGGAAUUACCCAUAUAAUUAGAAAUUGCUUGAUAUAAAGACUUACCUUGUAUGAACAUUUUAUUUAUUGUAAGGUUUUAAUGCUGCACGUUUGAAACUAAAAGUAUUAUCUUGUUAACUAUAUUAUAACAAUAAGUAUAACGUUUACCUGUUAAAAGGUUGUGAUAUAUUAUAUAUUUUGAAAAUUUCAAAAGGUUUUUCCGACUUCGCGAUACAAAAAGUUUUUUGACUUUUUGUCAUAACGGAGCACGAUCAAUAAUUCUAAUAUCUUGGUAAAUUAUUACAAUAUAUGGUUUUAUUUGGUGGAGCUGGAUUCACCGUAAUAAUAAGAAAUUACCAGAGUAACUGUCUUGACUGCCAUAUAUAGUUUUUUCAAUUAAUCAGAUUAAAUCCAUACCGAUUUAACUCAUUUCAUUUACUUAUUUUCAAGGGCCAAUUGUUGAUAGUCCGAGCCAUUUUUCAAAAUUUGAAAUUUUUCGCGAGCGGCGAACCAUUAAACAUUUUUUUACGAUGCGAGAAUAAGAAGAAAACAAAUAAAAGUACAAAAUAUGUGUAUUAAAUUUUAAUAUACACAUUUAUUUUACUUCUUUUGAUAAUUUUUCAAAAUUAUCAAAUAAAAGCAGCCUUUAAUAAUUCAGGAUACUUCGAUUCUAGUGCAAAUUUCCGAAAUUAAAUCUUCUAUCGAUUUACUUAAAUUACUUCAAUUCUCUUUUGAUUCGAGGAAAAUGACAAAAUGUUUUAUUUUUAAUGUUCUUUUGGAAAAGUUCUAUUUUUGUUUAAAAACUAAAUAGGUACACACUGUGAGAGGUCAGAUAUUCUAUUUUUCCCCUGUAUUUAUAAAUUCAGUGUUUCUCAAUGUUCUACGAGAUCGGUCAAAAACAUUCAGUUAUGUAACCACUUGCCAUCGCUAAUUCUGAAUAGUUUGUUUCCUUUUCUUUUAGAAAUUCAGUUAUCGCAUCAAACAAAUCUAUAAAUCGAUUUAAAACGUAGCGAAAUAUCCAUCUAACAAUGCAAAAGAAAUGAAUGUCAUUUGGGAGUUCUUUUUCAUACCGAACAUGUGUAUUCUGCCGUUGAGAAGCAUAGCGUCUGUGCUGUUGAUCUUAGUAGUGUGGGUUUUUUCACAAUGGAAUCUGUACGUUAAUGAGCUGUCUGGUAUGACUCCGAGGUAUAUUGGCUUUUCGCUGUGCUCUUGCAAGGUGUUUUUCCAGGUAAUGAUCCAAAACUCAGCGCAGACCUGAGUUUUGGUUGAAUUUGGUCUUAGAGAAAUUUCUUUGUAAUAAUUGGACAUCAAAUUCAGGACAACUUCCAAUUUCUAAAAAUAAAAUAAAAAUUCCAUUUUUAUUCAGUUGCAAUGCGAAGGCAAAACCGUCUUAUUCUUCACUUAGAACAGGGAGCGCAAACCAGCACUCUAAAUCGACGAUUUUCGACUCUAUUUCGACUCAUCAUCAGAGAGGCGUAGGUUUGCUGUUCUCUGCCCGAAGUGACAAAACUACGAAAGCUUAUCCCCGCAUUGUAACUGACGUUUAUGGAGUAGGUGACUAGCGUCAUUUGGCAACUGAAAGGCAAAGUUUUCGAAAGGCAAAGUUUAUUAGGUUGAAAACUUUGCCUUUCAGUGGCAAGAGCUGAGGGAGACCUAUGUCCAGCAGUGGACGAGUACGGGUUGAUGAUGAUGAUAGGUUCAGUGAAAAUGGCGCUACCAUACCUCUUAUGGCAGCUUUGACAAAAAGUCGCAGGCCUUCAAUGUUAGCCUGUUCGAGUUUUCAUCUCUGUGUGUUUCCUGCAGGUAAAUUAUGUCCCAAUUGUGAGUCCGACACAGUUGGGACAUUAUGUCUUCUUUAGAUUUUGUGAUGCUCUCCAUAUGCAUACUUUGUAACUAAGAAAAUAAGUAUAGAGUAAAGAAAACGCGCGCGUGGGGGCUCCUUCCUUUCUCUCCUAGAUCCCAUAAAUAUGGGAUUGUUUGGAUAAUUAUAGAAUAUUCUUAUCUCUGUAAUUAGCAGUAAAAUUAGCAAAAUUUUAUUAGCAUAUCGUUUGUGAUUAGCACCUCGUUAACUUUAGUAGACUGAUUUUGUUCCAUACUUUAAUGAUAUUUCUUUGACUUAUAAGUAUGUGUAUGCUAUGUUAUAUUAUUACGAACACAUCUUCCAAAACUAUCAUCAUACUAUCACCAUUUAAGUUCCUUAAAGAGUCUAAAAUAAAUAUUUAAUGUAUCUUUAACUUUCAAAUAUCUGUGGCAAAAAGGUUAUCUCUCAUUGAGUCCUAUGCUCUUCAAUUUAAUCAUGGAUGAAAUCAUCAAAAACGUCAACAAAGGAAGAGGAUAUACAAUGGGAAACAAAGAAUUCAAAAUACUCUGCUACGCAGACGACACAAUAUUGAUAGCCCAAGAUGAAAAUAGUCUGCAAAGAUUAGUCCACAGAUUGAACAUACGAGCAAAAGAAUUCAAUAUGACAAUUUCAUCUCAGAAAAUUAAAACAAUAGUAAUCAGUAGUGUGACCAACUAUAAUGUAGUUGAAUUCAGGACCUGAAAUCCGGGACUUUUCAAUGAAAAUCGGGCCAUUUUUUUUUUAAAUAUAGAACUUUAAUACAUAUCAUAAUUUUAUUGAUUAUUUAACAUUUUUAUGUUAAAAGUUUUUGAUAAGAUUAAGCCAUAAUUGGUUAUAAUGUUAGUUGUUUCCAAUCCGGAAAUCGUUCUCAAAAAAGAAAAAAUUAAAAAAUCAACUGAUGUUGGAUUUCCAUGUAAAUAUACCCUUAGGUUAAUAUAAAAAUGUAAUUAUCAUUAAAACCAAUUGUGGCUUAAUCCCAUCAAAAAUAUAAUUGUCUAACAUGCCACAAGAAAAUAGCUUUAGAUCAUUUUUAUGUUAUUUACUUCUUACUAUCAUAUUUGUUGAAUGAUUAAAAAAAGUCACUUUACUUUAUUUACUUUAAAAAUCAAUCAAUUCAUAAUUUAAAUUGACCUCAACGAACAAAAUAUAUUCAUUGGUUACAUUGCUUGAUUCUUAAAAUAAUAUCUGUCUUGCGAUGAAUUAGUAUUACACUCUAGAAAUUGUCGACGUUUUUCGUCCCACUAAUUCAAUUUGAUGUGAAUUCUUAGAAGAGAGAAUCUUUCAAAAUGUGAAAAUACAAUUUUACCAAAACGUUGAAAACUCGGAUGGCCCAGAAGCCUUGUCCGGGACACGACUUCGUAAUUCGGGCCAUGUCCCGGAUUUUUCGGACUAGUUGGUCACACUAGUAAUCAGGAAAGAACCAAUCAGAUGCAAAAUAGAAAUUGAUGGUAUCAGUAUUGAACAAGUAAUGGAAGUAAAAUACCUUGAAAUUACAAUGUCAAGUUACGGAGACCUGGACAAAGAAGUGAGAAAUCAAGUACAAAAAGCAAAUAGACUGGCAGGAUGCCUUAAUAACACUAUAUGGCGAAACCGACACAUUAACACUGAGAUGAAGUCAAGAAUUUAUAAAGCAACUGUAAGAGCAAUAAUGACUUAUGCAUCAGAAACAAUACCUGAUACAGCCCCAACACAAAGACUUAUAAAGAAUUACAGGAAAUACGCUGAGAGAUCGAAAGAGGAGUGAAGACAAUAUAACGUACAGUGUAUAAACGAAUGGAAAAUAAAUAGAGAAAAAGAAUGGAAUAACCACAUAACCAGAAUGGGAGAGACACGUGUGAUCAAAAUAGCAAGAGAUAAAUCACCAAUCGGUAGAAAAAGUAUGAGCCGACCGCGCAAAAUAUGACCUUCCAUAGAGGUAUCAACCCUCCAAUGAACAAGCAGAAUUGCUUAUAAAGAGGAAGAAGAAGAAGAAAAAGGUUACCUAAUGCCAUCCUCUCUUUGUGAAUACACACACGUACUUGUCGUAAGACCCUGUAUGACUAGUGUUUGUAUUUGUGCCAACUAUUUAUCUAUUUUAAAUAUGAUUCAUCUGUCAGUUAUUUGCUGUCGAGCUGCAUUUUACGCAUUUCUGAAAUGCUUUAGUUUGCCUAUAAUUUUCUAAGAAUUCUUUAGUAGUUUUUGUUUUGACCUAUAGAGGUGUGUGUAAUUAUUUUUAAAGAUAGUAUCAUUAAUUCCAAGUUUAACAGAUAUUUACAAAAUAGUUUUUGAUAUAUAUAACUAAUAACAAACGUAAUGUCUAAUACCGAUUUUUAUUUUGUACGUGAUUUAUGACUGGUUAUUUAUUAAAAAUUAUUGGUCGAGCUCCAAAAUGUCUGCUAAAGAUAAUAAGUAGAUUAGGAAAACACACUUUGUUCCACGCGCGGGUGUAACAAAAGUACUAGAGCAACUGGUUGGGGAUUGGUGAUAUAUUUUUGUGGAAUAGUAUCAAAAUUGAUUACUGAAAACUGUUGUUCGAUAACGUUUAAGCGUUGAAUGAUAACUCAAGAUUGUAUAUUUAUCAAUCAACGGUUUAAGUGUUUCGAUAAUAUCUAGCUUGAUUAAGUGUAUUUGGGAGAGCAAUACUAUCCGUCAAUUUAAAACAACACAUCUCAUAUAAUUAAUUACAUAGCGCAGGUGGUAGGUAUCAUACGAGUUGCACAAUAUACUUUUUCUACGAAGUAUUUUUUACUACAAAACCUUUCGAUUCGCGAACAAAAUAAAUUGUAAUUUACAAUGGCAGGUUUUGUAAUCUAAGACAACUCUUAUGGUAACUUAUAACGUAGUAAUUUGUGUAAGGGUGAGUGGUGUGUAUAUGAUGAAUGAUUCUAUCAUGAACAUCUAGUCAUACUACACGAGUAGAAAUCGAAAAGGUAAUAUAUAGUAAAAAUAUUUAACACAUUGCAUGCGGGUGUCUGAUCCUAAGCGCUGUUUCACAUUAUAAGAAUUUCGACCGUGCGAUGGUUAAAAUCCACAAAGUGGCUCGAAAUCUUUCUUCCUUCACCGCUUGAAACGUUCGGCGAAGGGAGAAAGAUUCCAUAUGAUUGCUCGAGCCACUAUGUAAAUUUCAACCAUCGUACGGUCAAAAUUCUUAUAAUCAUUCAUGACUGACAAAAAAAAUUUAAGUCACUCGUGGGAGUGCCGACAGAAGUGAAAACUUCUGGCGAACCAAGCGCCUUCGGGUACACACUCUAUCCCUCCUCCAACCUUUAUAACUUCGGUCGAGCUUAUAAACAAUUCAAUUUAUAGUAUAUAAAUUACCAAUAUCUCGUCGUAGCGAUGACGGUCGCGAAUUCAAUGCUUUUUCCCCAUCCAAAAAGUGCAGAACGAGAAAGUCGCUAAAGAAGUUUUCACUUUAAGAGAGAUAGGGAUAGUGCGGCUUCUCAUGAGCUUUCUUUGCAAGCUCCUUCGGGUAGUCACUCUCUCUCUCCCUACUCCAACGAUUACAACUUCGGUCGAACUAAUACGCAUUUCAACAUAAUAGUAUAUAAACGACUAAUAUCUCGCAUCAUCAAAAUUUAUUUCGCAUUUUCACAUCAAAAUUUAUUUCGCAUUUUCACGUCAAAAUUUAUUUCGCCGAAGCGAUGAUAGUCGCGAUGACGGUUGCUAAUUUAAUACUUUUUCCCCAUCCAAAAAGUGCACAACGUCACACGGAACGUGUUAAAUACUUUUUGCUAUUAUUUUCAAUCUAAUAUAUAUAUUAUGUAAAUAAACUUUCAAAAGUAUCUUAUUAUUUAAAACAUAAUAUUUUUGAAGUUUGAUAGUAAAUAAAUGCGAAAAUAAGAGGAUAUGAAAAAUUACCAUUAGGCUGAAUAUUCUGUCGCAAAACAUUUAAAAAUAGUCUGGUGAAUGAUAUAGCGCGUUGUCCAAUAAGAUGACGAGAACUUCUUGUAAUCUUUGUGUAAUCUUUCAUAUGUUAUUCGUAAAAAGUUUGAUAGUCUAAAAUUGGGAACUUCUAAUAUUCACUAGACUCUCAGAACUGUACUGUUUAAAAUAGUAUCAGAGAAAGAAAAUUUAGAAUGGAUAAUCGUUAUCUCUUAUAGGAUUGCGACUUUGUAGGGUUUUGCAUGAUUUCAGAUUUAAAGAUUUUUAGGAACAUUUUUUUUUUGUUUAACGUCAAUCCUCUUUUGCUGGCCUUUUUCAAGGUGAACUGAAUGUUAUCUAAAUAUCAGCGCUAGACGUUUUUACUCUUAUUGAAUAAAAGGCUCUCCGCUUAUGUCUAUCCUGUGCUUCUUUUGUAUAAUUUAGUUCCACAGUAUUUUUAUGUCAUCAUACGACCUCGUUUGUGCCCUUUCUCAAAGCAUUUUACCUAAAUUUAGUCUUCAUUUAAUAUUUUUUGUACUUGAUCUGUUAUUCCCUCGUACUGGAAUAUGUAACGAAAACUCACUUUUGUUUUGUCGUGUAGUCUUUUAUCUCUUAAAACCAUAUCCAGAAUCUCUUGUUACAUUACCUCCAUUGCAGUGUCGUUUAUAUAGAGGAGCCACAUAUUAAGAACCAAGAUGACAUUAGUACAUAGUAGAUAAACCACAGGAAGUAAAGGACGAAAAGAAAAUGGAGAAAUUAAUAGAGCACAGAUAUUACUUAAACAUCUAAGACAAGAAAAUCUAAAGGACCUAACUUUGGAAGGAAUGGGAAGGAAAUAAGAAAGUAACUUCUAUAUAAUAUGUACAAUAAAAAUAAGAAGACGAAUCCUAACAAAUAAAAUUGACUGAUGUUGACAUCUGCGAAAAAUAAAUAUUAGUAACUAAAAGAAAAGAAAAUAUGGUUCAGAUUUGAUUACAGCACAGAGCCUCUACUAUAUGCUUAUACGUAUUUCGGAAUAACCGUUUCCUAAUCGGAGCACCUGGGUAGAGGCACUGAACUGAAAUCAAAUCCUUUCAUCCUUUCCGGGUAAUCAUCAAAAUAAUUACCUAAGAUGCUACUAGCACCAUCUAUGAAUCAAAAGUCUAAUAAGUCAGGAAAUAAAAUUCGAAAUUAUUUAUCCUCUGAGCUUUUGUCUGACUUAUUAGACUUUUGAUUCAUAGAUGGUGCUAGUAGCAUCUUUGGUAAUUAUUUUGAUAAUUACCCGGAAAGGAUGAAAGGAUUUGAUAUCAGUUCAGUGCCUCUAUCCAGGUUACGAUAACCGUUUCCAGUGAGGAAACGUUUAUUCCGAAAUACGUAUAAGUAUAUAGUAGAGUCUCUGUACUGUAAUCAAAUCUGAACCAUCUUUUCUUUUAGUUUAUACUUUAUUCACCUUUGGUGGAUAUUAAAGGAAAUAGUUCACUAAAAUUAUUAUCACGGUGAAUGAUAGGACGUGAAAUGCAAUUGAGAUUUCCCUUGUCGAGCAUUUCGUCACUCUGUUAUGCUUUAUUUUUCCAACCAAAGCUCAGAGGAUAAAUAAUUUCGAAUUUUAUUUCCUGACUUAUUAGACUUUUGAUUCAUAGAUGGUGCUAGUAGCAUCUUUGGUAAUUAUUUUGAUUAUUUCAUUCAUAGGAGAUUCUGACCAAUAGAAAGCUACAGAUAUCUAAAUUAGACUGAUAAUUUUUGAUAAUUUCCCUUCGUCAAGUAUAUUACGUCAGAUGCCCUUCGUUGCUAUGAAAAAAUACAUUCAGUGACAUUAAUGACAAUUAAUGUUUUAAAAAUUAUAAAAGUGAUGACUUUCAACCGUAAAAUAUUUAUAACAACUGUGUGUUUAAUUGUACUAAUUUGUAGUUACAUAAAUAAAUUACAAUAAAGUUUUGGUUUUGAACAGUUUUAUUCAUGAAAUAAUCGCAACAAAUUGCACUCGAUCUCUAAAAUUAAUAUAGAAUUUUUGUCCUCGUGACACUUUGACAUAAUUUCACUCGCCUUCGGCUCGUGAAAUUAAAACUGUCAAAGUGUCACUCGGGAAAAAUUUAAUAAUUUUAGAGCUCUUGUGCAAUUACUACCGAUAGUUACCCGGAAAGGAUGAAAGGAUUUGAUUUCAGUUCAGUGCCUCUACCCAGGUGCUCCGAUGAGGAAACGGUUAUUCCGAAAUACGUAUAAGCACAUAUACCCUAUUCCACGAACAUACGGCUGUUUUGGAUUACUUCGACAACGAAUAUUUUACUGUGCAAAAUAAGAAGAACGAAAGUAAAUUGCAAAUUACAUUGUUGUUUAUUGGAAUAAUUAUUAGCGCCACUUACUUUCGUACUUCUUAUGUUGCACAGUAAAAUAUUCGUUGUCGAAGUAAUCCAAAACAGGCGUAUGUUCGUGGAAUGGCCCAUAGUAGAGGCUCUGUACUGUAAUCAAAUCUGAACAAUCUUUUCUUUUAGUUUAUACUUUAUUCACCUUUGGUGGAUAUUAAAGAAAAUAGUUCGCUAAAAUUAUUAUCACGGUGAAUGACAGGACGUGAAAUGCAAUUUAGAUUUUCCUUGUCGAGUAUUUCGCCACUCUAUUAUGCUUUACUUUUCCAGCUUAAAAAGACUCUUGUGGGAGACUCUGGAGGAAGAAGUUUGACCUCAUGCAAAAAAUCAAACACUUUUUUCUAAAAAAUAUUUUUAAUUCUUUACUAAAUUAUCAUUAAAAUUAAUAUUUGUAAUGAAUCAUUUGGCAGCUUAUUCUUUAAAAAUCAUAUUCUCAAAAAUUCAUUCUUAAUUUAUUUUCCAUUUUCGAGACACCCAUAGUGCACCUAAUGAAAUUUGCGACUUAUCCAAUAAUAGAAAAACUUCACCAUCAACCUUCUUUACAUCCUGUACUAUUUAAAAAAGAUUUGAGUUCAGUUUUUGAACUUGUCAACUGAUUUAUCUUGGACCUUAAGUCUUUUCUCAAUAUGUAUUUCAUUAUAUUUUUUAAAAACUAGAUUUAUGUAACUACAGACUUUGUUGAAAAGUUGUUCAAUUCGAUUGCUAAAAUGUCAUAUGUCAACUGUCACUUGAUAUGAGAAAAAGUGAAGGCACCUGAACGAGCACACCCUUGUCUCUGUCGGCUGGCAUUAAAAGCCUCCACAUGCCGCCAUUCUGCAUGCUGACACCGUAGACUUCAGAUGGUAAGGUUUCUUGACCUUACCAUGAUCAAAUAUUCGUUUUAUGUAAUGUAAUUUUUCGUGUGAAAGUCCCUUGUGCUUGUAGUAGAUGUUUUUAACUUUUCCGACCUCAAAAACAACAGCAAAGUUGAGCAUUUUUCAACAGUCAGACAAGGUUUUUUCCAUCAAUUAAAAAAACUGCAUAAGAAAAUAGAAGUAUUUUUAUAUCGUACAUGGGAUCCAUCUCUCUUCAUAGUGGUAUUUUGAACCUUCUGACAUAAGUUAAACUUUUGAAUUCUAAAAUCAAUUAUUCAUUAGAGACCUUUUUAUUGUAGCAUAGCUCUGAAGAUGGCUUUAUAAGCCGAAAACGCUCAGCUAGGAAUUAUUUAAUUUACACACUUCAAAAGUACACUUCUCCCUAUUUACCUGUAUUCAUAAGUGUGUACAAAACUAUUUCAGUCUUUACAUUUUCAACUUAAAAAGAUCGGAGGAUAAAUAAUUUCGAAUUUUAUUUCCUGACUUAUUAGACUUUUAAAUAUUAGUAACACUCUAAUGGGCGAGGCAAAGGUGUUUGGCCAAUACCCAAAAAUCGGGAGACGACUAAUCAUUACUUAGAAUGUCAAUACUCGAUGCAGACUGGGAACAGAAGCGAUUGAUUACUACUCGAUCGCAGGAUACAGAAAGGACAGUGGCUUUUGACUAAUUCUCAAAGACCCGGGGUAGAGCUAUUAUCAGAUCAAUACUUUGGAUCGAACUCUGUUUUCUCGCAUAGAGAGAGAUUUUAUAUUACGGAGUUUUAUAUUUUUGCGGCGUUCCAUCUCUAGCGCGGAUCUAUAGUAGUGAUAGGUUGUUGUUGGAAUGUGAUACAGAGAUAAGUAAAAGUGAUGUAGAGAGAGGGUCGCCCUUGGUAAGCGCUGAGGGCGAUGUCGUUACAAAUUGCAAUAAACUAGAUAACUUCAUUAAUCACAGCGUGCUCACUAAUCACAGCAAUCACAAGUGAUAAAAGCAAUUUCAAAAUUAUUUUUAUGUCUAAAAGUCUAGUCUUUCUUUGAUACUUAUGAAAUAUUUUGAAUGUUCAGUCAUUAAACAUAAUUAUGAUUAUAAUAUAUUAAAAUAAUAAGAUGAUUCAUGUGCACCUGAUACCUGUCAGUUGGAUCGAAUCUGUUUUGGAAUUUUCGGUUGCUUUUGGGGAGGUGCUGUGUAGUUGUCUGUCACUGAGAGGAUUUGUAUGGUCACGAUAUAAUUAUUGUAGUCGAAAAAUGUUCUAUUUCCGAUUGAUAAUUUAUUUGCAUAUCUUACUACAUAGUAUUCAGAAUUUUACUGUGAUGCUAAUAUUCUUUGUUCUUUUAUUAGGAUUGGUAACGAUUUUCAAAUGAUCUGCCUUAUAUUAACUUCUUGGUUUUCUUACCAUGAAUAUUUUGUAUGUCUUAGGAUGUGAAAACCUGCUCCUUAGUGAAGCAUAGUACAUGUGUUUUUAUCCUCACAUUUAUCAUCUCUCGCUUUUCAUGACAAGAAGGAAAUUCCUGUACUAUACAGGGUGUCCCGAAAAGAUUGGUCAUAAAUUAUACCACAGAUUCUGGGGUCAAAAAUAGGUUGAUUGAACCUCACUUACCUAUAUACAAUAGUGCACACUAAAAAAGUUACAGCCCUUAGAAGUUACAAAAUGAAAAUCGAUUUUUUUUCAUAUAUCGAAAACUUCCAGAGAUUUUUUAUUGAAAAUGAACAUGUGGCAUCUUUAUGGCAGCAGAAUCUUAAAAAAAAUUAAAGUGAAAUUUGUGCAGCCCAUAAAAGUUUUAUGGGGGUUUUGUUCCCUUAAACCCCCCCCCCAAACUUUUGUGUACGUUCCAAUUAAAUUAUUAUUGUGGCACCAUUAGUUAAACACAAUGUUUUUAAAACUUUUUUGCCUCUUAGUACUUUUUCGAUAAGUCAGUGUUUAUCGAGAUAUUUUGAAUAUUUGUCAAAUCCACCACAUAUUUGUAUAUGGUUAAGUACGAUUAUAGAGACCUGUUAAUAAUCUGAAAAUUUAUUUAUAAUUUACAUUUUUAGGUAUAUUUGGAAAAAGAAGGUACAUCUCGAUAAUAGGUGAGUUAUGAAAAAAAGACUAAGAGGCAAAAGUUUUAAAAACAAUGUGUUUAACUAAUGGUGCCACAAUAAUAGUUUAAUUGGAACGUACACAAACAUUUGGGGGGUUUAAAGGAACAAAACCCCCAUAAAAUUUUUACGUAAAUAUAUUGAAAAAGAAGCCACAUCUCGAUAAAAACUGCCUUAGCGAAAAAAUACUAAGAGGCAGAAAAGUUUUAAAAACGUUGUGUUUAACUAAUGGUACCACAAUAAUGAAUUAAUUGGAACGUACACAAAAGUUUGGGGGGUUUAAGGGAACAAAAUCCCCAUAAUUUUUUUGUGGGGUGGCCAAAUUUCACUAUAAUUUUAUUUUAAGAUGUUCCUGCCAUAAGAAUGAUACAUGUCUAUUCUGAAUAAAAAAUCUCUAAUAGUUUUCGAUGUAUUGAAAAAAAUCGAUUUUCAUUUUGUAACUUCAAAGGGCUGUAACUUUUUUUACGAGCACAUUUGUACUAAGGUAGUUAGGUUCAAUCGAACUAUUUUGACCCCAGAAUGUGUGGUAUAAUUUAUGACCAAUCUUUUCGGGACACCCUGUAUUAUUCGAUGUAAUUUAACAGCGUAUAUUUCCUGUUUUGCAUUUAUAAGACGUAUUUUAGUGACCCUUUCCAGAGUGCUAUUGUUAUAAAUUUUAUGCUUUUAUAAUUAUAAAUCUGGACGUGAUUUCCUUUCCACUCAUACAAAAUGUCCUGAUACAUUUACAUCAACUAGUUUACAUAUUUAUAAAUAUACAAUAUAUAAUCUAACCUAACCUAACCGGCAGGACAUUAUGAUCAAAAAGAAAAUCAUCAACUAGUUACAAAAGAGAAUAAAAAUAAAUAAUAUUGUAUAAUGUAGUGAACUGAAUUCCUUCAAUAAUUUUUAUACAAUGCGUAUAUGCGUAGACUAUCGAAUCCGACGUAAUGGAUCCAAUCACUUUAGUCAAUUAUAGAAUAGAAAAUUGAAGCUUAUAUCAAUUUGUAGCAAUAAUACUAGUCAAUUGUAAGACACUUGCCAAUUUGAUUUAAAUUAGUUACUUAGUCGCCGACUGUACUGUUCCACAAAAAUCAAAAAUUGGGGUAAUAACAUUUGUUGCUGUAGUACUAAUCGAACAAAAAAAUAUGCACUUGAUGCUUCAUACUCGUUAUAAUAAGCUCUAAGCUAUAAGCCUCUCUUUCUAAGACUUGACACAAUAAUAUAAUACAAAUUGUUUUUAUAUUUAUAUUUUUAAAUGACAAUCGUCAACUUUUUAUAUUAUUUUACAAAUUUUUCGCUCUUUCUGCCUUUGUACAUAAUCAGCCAAUGUUUGUGUUUUAGUUAACUAUUUUAAUUAAAUUAUAAAUAAAUUUUAUUUAUAUCAA